AUGAGUAUAAAAGAUAGAAGGAAGAAACCAAUUAGUCUUAAAAAAGAAAAAUUAUUUUCUGAUCACACAAGUCAACAAACAAGAAGUUCUUUAGCAAAAACGACAUCAUAUCAUAGUGACAGAGAAUCAUUACCCACACCCUCAGCGAAUCCGAAUCCAAAUCAGACCUUAUUAUUUUAUCAAUACGACAGUGACGGAUUUGGAGAAUUAACAGUUCAAGAAAUAAGAGAAUUUCUCCAAAAUGAAAAAGGAAUGUAUUUAACAGACGAACAUAUUCAAAGUAUUAUGUCGAAUGUUCUUAUGCAAACAGACAGAAUUAAAAUGAAUGACUUUAUUAAGUUUUGUAAAUAUAUUGAAACUGACCAAGAAUAUUUAAUAAAUAAAUCAUCAGUAGAUAAUAGUCCAGUUUAUCGACAUGAAGAUUCAUUAUUUCAACAAAGAGACCAAGAUAAACCGAAAUAUUUACAAAAUUAUAAUGAUAGAAGUUUUAUUCAUGAUAGUCAAAUAGAACAAGAUAUUAUUAGUGAGAGCGUUAAUUUAACAAGUAAAGAAAAUGAAAUUAAUGUAAGAGAUAUUAAUAUUAUUCAUAAUGAAAAACCACAUAUGUCAAAAGUAGAAAUAGAAGAAGUAAUGAAAGGAGUUGAAAUGAAAAAUUUACCAGCAUUACAACAAAGUGUAUUAAAUAUGAUUUUUAAUAAAACAACAGAAGUUCAAAAAAGAAAAAUACAAUUUGAAAAAGUUAAUAUGGAAAAUAGUGAAGAUCCAUUAAAACCAUAUGGAAAAGAUUUAACUACAGAAGAUACAGCAAAUAUUUCAAUUUUAAUUGAUGAUAAUAAACAACAAUUAAAUCCAAGACAAACAUAUAAAAAUUUAUUUGAUCAUUAUGAUGAAAUGUAUAGACCAAUAGAUGAAAAAGAAACAUUAUGUGGAAGAAGAGAAGUAUUAUUAAUGAAUCCAAAUGAAACAACAAGUGAUAUAUGGAUGAUAGAAAUUGGAGAUAUUGAAAGGAAAGAAUGUCCUAAUGAAGAAUUAUUUGGAGUAUUUUGUAUAUAUGAUAUUACUAUGGAAAAAAAAUUAACAGAAAAUUAUUAUAUUGAAUUUUCAAAAGAAAAAGAAAAUAAUAAUAAAGAUAUAAAUAAUAAAGGAAUAUUUUGUAUUAAUUGGAGAGUAGAUUAUUUUAAGAAAACAGAACAUAAAAUUAAAGGAGUUCUUUUAAUAUAUAAAUAUGCAGAAAUUGAUCCAAAUGGAAGUAAAGAAGGAUAUUUAAAAGAAGAAAAGAAAAAGAAAACACAAAUUAUUAAAAAUCAAAGUAAAAGAAGUAAUUAUAAACAAUUUUUAGGAAUUGGAGUAACAGAUUUAGGAGAAAUAUUAAUUGGAAAUAAUUCAAGAUUUGAAUCAAAAGAAUUACCAAUUUAUAGAGAAGAUAUUGAAAAAAAACAAGAAUUUGAUACAUUUUUAAAAAGUGAUAAUAAUAAAAGUAAACAAUUAAAUAUUACAUGGAAAUAUUCAAUGAAAAAAAUAUUAACAAAAGAAGCAAGAUAUGAAAAUAAAAAUCAUGAUAUAAUACAAAAAGAAUAUUUUAUUAAAGAUGCAUCAGGAUAUAUUCUUCAAAAUAGUAAUCCAGAAGGAAAAAUAAUUAGAAUGCUUGAAGAUUUUACAUCUAUUGAAAAUUAUAAAAAUUUCUUUAUGGAUUUUACAAAUAAUGUUUAUGUUACACCAAAAGAAUUAAAUAUUACAUCAAUUUCACAAAAAGAUAAAAAGAAAACAAAAUUUGUAAUAACAUGUUAUUUUAGAUGUACAGAUAAAGAUUUAAAAGAUCCAAAUAAUAUAUUAAAUGCAUUUUAUUCAAGAAAAGAAGAAGAUAAAAUAUUUAAAACAUCAAAUUGUACUACAGUAAGUAUUGGAAAUAAAAUAGAUUUUUAUUUAGAUGAAUUUAAAGUAAAAUUACCAUUAAAUCUUAAUGAUCAAUAUCAUUUUUUCUUUUUAAUUCAAGAUGUUACAUUUCCAGAAGAACAAAAAAAAGAAACAACAUUACAAUAUUUUGCAUAUAGACCAUUAUUUGAACAAGGAAAAUUAAUUAUUAAUGGAGAAUAUAAAUUACCAGUAUAUACAUAUGAUGGAACUACAGGAUAUAUGACAUCUACUGAUAAAGUAAGAGAUGGAAUAGGAGAUAAAAUGUCAUAUCUUAUAGUUGAUAUUAAUAUUCAUAGUACUAUAUUUGCAGGAAGUACAUCAUUAUAUGAAUUAUUAGAUAAAGUAUGUUCAUUUAAUUUAAUUGAAGAUGUUGAAGAAGUAUUAAGUAAAGUACAUAAUAUUCCAGUUAUUCAAUUAAUGCAUUUUUUCCCAGUUAUUAUGAGUAAUUUAUUUGGAAUGUUUAAUAAUCAUAGAAUUAAAAGAAAUAAUGAAAGAAAAUCAGAAGAAAAAAAAGAUAAAAUAGAAGAACAAGAAACAAUAAAUACAAGUCCACAAAAAGGAUCAAUAGUUCAAACACCACGUGGAAAAUUUUCAAAUGGUAAAAAAUUAGAACAUGAUGUUAUUUUAACAUAUAUUCUUAAAGUACUUGCAGCAUUAUUAAAAGAAGAAAAAGCACCACAUAAUACAUAUAGACAAAGAAAUCAUAUAUUAACAUCAUAUAUUGAUUAUUAUUUUACAAAUCCUAUUGAUGAUAAUACAGAAGAAAUAAUAAAACAAAUACCAAUUUUUAUGAAACUUACAAAUUGUUUAUUAUGGUAUUUUGAAAAAAUAUUAUAUCAAAAAGAUACUACAGAUCAAAGACUUGUUGUUGUAGAUGUUGCUGUUGAAUAUUGUUGGUUUUUCUUUGAUGUUAUUAUUAAAUCAUUAACAUUAUAUCUUGAAGAAUUAGGUAUUUUUGAUUCAAAUAAUAGACUUGAAAAAAUUAGACAAUUAGGAGAAAAUCCUAUUUUCCAACAAUUUAAUUCAGAUAUUAUUGAAUUAGGAACUACAUUAGCUCAAACUAUUAGACUUAGACUUUGUUUAUCUAAACAAGAAACAAAUGGAAUAUUUUAUUUAAAUUCAGAUUUUGGAUUAUUUAUAAAUGAUUUAAUUAGAAUUUAUUCACAUACUAUUGGAUUUGAAACAAUGAAUAAUUAUAUAAAUACAUUAUCAAGAUGUUAUGAUUCUCAAACAACAACAUUAUUUGAAGUUGUAGGAGAACCAAAUAAUGAAAAUUAUAUAGAAAUUGAAGGAAUUAUUCCAAGUCAAGAAAAAAGAAGUAAAUGUUGGUUAGCUACACAAAUACUUAGAAUUGAUUUUAUAAGUGUAUUAAAUUCAUAUGAAUAUUUUUAUGAAGUUAAUAUUCCAUUAAUGGUUAAACCAAAUUUAUUUGAAAGUGUUGGAGAAUUAAGAUCAUUAAUUAAUGAAAGACAUUAUUUUGCAAGUAAUAUAGAAACAUCAAUUAUUAAAUUAAUAACAAGAAAUAAUGAAAUUUCAAAAUAUGCAUUAAUAAUUCUUUUAAAAAGAAUUAUUCUUUGUGAUUUAGAUAUUAGAUUUGAAAAUAAAAAAGAAAGAAUAGCAGAAUAUUUUAUUCCAUUUUUAUUUGAUUUUAUAGAUAAUUUUGAAAGAAUUACAGAAAUAUGGACAAAAAAAAAUUUAAAAACAAUUGAAACACAAGAUCUUUAUCUUUGUUUAAUUUGGGUAUUAAAAAAUUUAAAUAGAGAAGUUUUAAAAAGAUAUAUUUCAUUAGAAGUAGGAUCAAAAAUAAUGAAUUUUAUUGAAUUACUUGUUUCAGCAAAAGAAAUUCUUAGUUUUAUGGGAGGAGAAAUAUGUAAAAAUGAUAAUGAUAAAAAGAAAUAUAGAAAUAUUAGUGGAAUGUAUUUAGGAAUAAGAAAAGAAUUAAUUAAUGAAUAUAUACAAAAUUUUGAAGUAUCAGAAAAUGAAAAAUUAAGAUUAAAUUCAAUGUUUGAAGAAAAUUUAAAAGAAGAAAAAAGUAUUAUUAAACAAAGACCAAAAGUAAAUGAAAAAAAUACACAAGAAUUAUUAUUAUUUGGACCAUCACCAGGAUUAGGAAGUGCAGAAGCAUAUACUAAAAGAAAUAAAAAAUUAGGAAAAAUAUUUGGAAAUGAUGUAAAAGAAGCACCAAUUGAAAGAGAUGAAACAAGAGAUCAUAUUAUUUAUGAUGAUACAUUAUUAGUUAUUCUUGAUAUUGUAGAAUGUUUAUUUGAAGAAUUAUUUGAAAGAAAAGAUAUAGAUGAAAUGAAUAAAAUUAAUAGUUUUAUAAGUGAUAAAAUGUUUGUUCAACCACCACCUGCACAAUAUAUUAAAAGAUUUUUCCAAUUUAUAAGAAAAAUAAUUAGAACAUAUGGAGAUUAUUUAUUUAAAGAAAAUUUAGAUUUUUCAUAUAAAUUAUUAAGAGGAAUUAUGAAUUAUUGUAAUUAUCCUGAUCCAGAUAUUAGAAUAAAUGCAACAUCAGUAUUUUAUUUAUUUGUUAGAACAAAUUAUGAAAUUUUAGGAAGUACACAAUGUAUGAGAAUUCAUACAGUUGCAGCAUUAGCAAGUAUUGGAACAAAAGAAGGAGAAAAUAAUUCAUUAAUAGAAAGAUCAUUAAAUACAUUAGAACAAUGGGCAAGAGAUGAUUUUUCACAAGAAAAAUUUCAUGGACAAAAAGAAGAAAAUUUAAAAACAAAAGAAACAAUUGAUAUUAUUGAUAUUAAUGCAUUUGAAAAUUAUAGAAAUAAAGUAAUUCAAAGAAGAUUAAAACUUCUUGAAAUAAUUGAUAAAGAUCAAAAUGGUGGAGAUAGAAAAUGGAGAACAAAAGAAAGAGUUAUUAGACAAUUAAUAAAUUUAUGGAAAGAAGAUCCUGUUAAUGAAGUUAGUGAAUUAGCACAAAAAUUAUUAAAUAAAUAUGAAAAAAAUGUUAAAAUAGAAAUUACUAUUUCAGGAUUAAAAUUAAAAACAAAUAAUUAUCUUAGAGAAGUUUUAGAAACAAUUAGAGAUUGUAUUGCAUUUACAGGAGAAUAUCAAAUAAAAAAAGAAGAAUAUAAUGAAAAAGCUAAAGAAUUAAGUAAAAAAUUAGAUGAACAUCAAAAAACAUUUGAAGAAUAUAUAGAAAAAUUAAAAGAAAUAGGAUCAAAUAUUUCUAUUAGUAAAGAUAAAUUAAAAGAAAUUAUUAAUAAAACAAAAGAAUUAGUAGAAGCAAGAAUUAAUAUUGAAAAAGAAGAAAUUGAAGUUAAAAAAGAACAAGAAAAUAAAAUGAAAGAAUUUGAAAAUGAAUUAAAAAAAACAUCAGAAAGUUUAAAUAAAUUAUAUAAUGAUGCAUGUGAUAAUUUAGCAACAAAUAAUGAUAAUGUAAUGAUAUUACUUUCAUCACAACAAAAACUUCAACAAACAAUUGGAAAAUUAAAUGCUAUAACAGAAAUAGCAAAAAGAAAUCAUAAAGAAUUUUUAAAAAAAGAAAAUGAAGUUAAUUGUAUUUCAUCAUGGAAUAUAGUAUUUAAAAGUUGGAAUAAUAUAUUACCAAUGGGAAUAGAAGUAUUAAAAAAAGCAAGUGAAAUACAAGAUAUUAUUAAUCAAUUUGAAAAACAAAUAUUAGAAGAGAAUGAACAAAUGGAUAAAGAAUUAUCAGCAAGUGAAGAAAUAAUUAAAAUUUAUGCAUGGGAAAUUGCAAUAAAUGAUGUUACAGAAUUUGUAGUAGGUACACAUCAAAUAGAAGAUAUUAUUGGAAUGGCAGGAAAAUUAAAUCAAAGAUUUAAAAGUAUUAAUUCAAGUUAUAAAAUAAUUCAAGAAUAUUAUGGAGAAAAUUAUAAAAAAGAAAAAUCAUUUAGAAUGUUUAUUGAACUUGGAAAAAAAAUAUUAAUACCACUUCAAUUAAGAACAAAAUUAUUAGGACAAAUGAGAUUAUUAAAUAAAGAAAGUCAAAAAGAAAAAGAAUAUGAAGAUAAAAGAAAAGAAUAUGCACUUUGUUUUAAUGUUACAGUUCAAUUACUUCAAUUUCAAAAUGAUGAACCAACAACACAAUUAAUUGAAAUAUCACAAAUUAUUAAAAAUAUAGAAAAUAUAAAAAUACCAUUUUAUAAUAAAUAUGUAAAUCAAGAAGAUAUUCAAAAAAUUCAAGAAUAUUGUGAAAAACAUCCAAAAUUUAUUAUAUUAUUACCAUCUAAAAAUGAAGCAGCACAAGAAAUUCAACAAAAUGGAAUAAAAGAUGAUGAACAAAAUAAUAAAAAAUUUGGAGAAGAAUUAAAAUUAUUAAGAAAUCAUGUUCAAUCAUUUUUAAGAGAUUUAUCAGAUUUAGAAAUACUUAAAAAAAGUAGUGAAAAAGCUAUUGAUUUAAUUACUGAAAGAAAAUUAGAAAUUGCACAAAAAUAUAUUGAUUGUCCACAAAUUCAUAUUCCAUGGUUUAAAAUGAUUGCAAAUGAACAUGAAAAAAGAGGAAAUUAUGUUGAAGCAGGAAUUGCUAUUGUUCAUAUUAUUCAUUUUAUUUAUUGUACAAUUAAAGAUAAUAUUCAUCCAUUAAAUGUAGAAUAUUUAAAAGAAAUUACUAAUGAUUUCUUAGAUUAUAAACAACCAUCAUUUCAAAGUGGUUCAACAACAUUAAAUACUGAUACAUUAGUAAAUGAAGUAAAACAUGGAGUACAAUUAUUUAAAAUAGCACAUGUUUAUUCAUUUGCAAUUGCUUUAUAUAAUUUUAUUAUUCCAUAUUUUAUUUCAAAUAAAAAUUAUUCAGAAUUAGCACUUGCACAUGAAGAAGUUAAUAUUCUUUAUAAUGGAAUUACAGAACCAUUUAUUUGGUAUUAUUAUUGUGUAGGAUUUUAUGGAGAAAAAGCAUUUGAAAAAGAUCAUAAAAAACAAUAUAUUUAUAGAAGUCCUUUAAGAUUAAAAGAAUUUGGAAAUGAAAUUAAAGAAAUGCGUAAAAAAGAUCUUAAUGGAAUUGGUAUUUCACCUGAUUGGAAAACAAAUAUUGAAGGAAUUGAUAUUGAUAAAUCUACAACUCCAUUUUAUACAGUUGUUAAUGUUUAUCCAUUUAAAGAUGGAAGAAAACAAAAUAAUUUUAAUGUAAAUUUUACAGGAGUUGGUGUUUUUGUAAGUGAACAAACUUGUAAAACAGAUAAAAAACAUCCUGGUUUAGAAGAUACUCAAAAAGUUAGAACAAUUUAUAAAACAAAACAUAAUAUUCCUUCAGUUCUUGAAAGAGAAGAAGUUCAAAAUAUUAUUCAAAAAGUAAUGUCUCCAAUUGAAUGUUGUAUUGAUGAUGUAGAUAAUAAAUUAGAAGAUUUAUCUACUUCAAUUGAAGAUUUUAAAAAUAAAGAUACUAAUAUUAUGUCUUUACAACCAAAACUUAAAGGUAUUCUUGUUGCUGAAGUAAAUGGUGGAAUAGGUGCUAUUUGUGAUACUUUUCUUAAAAAACCUAAUAUUCAAAAUUAUGAUGUUGAUUAUGUUUUAAAUUUAUAUUCAUUACUUCAACGUACUCUUUUUACUUGUAAAAGAGGAUUAACAAUUCAUAAAUCUAAUAUGAAACAAGAACAUGCAGGUAUUCAAAGUGUUUUUGAUAGAGGUUAUUUAACCACUUCUAAAAUUAUUAGAGAUGUUAAACCUGAUGUUUUAGAAUAUGCAAGAUCAAAAGGAGUUAAUGAAAAUGAUCUUGUUCAAUUUAAUUGA